AAACGGCAUUCUAAGGAUUAGAGAAUAAAUAUUUCGUUAUUUUGCGGGUUUAUAUCCGAAGUUUGUCACUGUUGUCAACGACUUUUAAAAAGUAAACAAAUCGUCAACUUAAGUCUUUUCGUGAUACUAUUUAAGUCCCCGGACUUAAGUCAGUUUUAAACUUAGACUUAAGUCCCAACUUAACUUUUUUCGUGAUACGACCUCCAGUAAAACUAAAGACGAGAAUUUGACCGUCUUUCUCAUUUUCAAAACGAUCGUUUUUCUUGUAAUUUUGAUCUUUCAUUUCUUUAUGGUUAAAAAAUUCUGUGAGCUUUUGUGUUUAAUAUCGUCUGAACUCUAUUUGUUAGUGUAUUUUUGACCACGCGUGCGUAUACUUUUUUAUCAGUCAAGAUUAAGCUCUCUCCAUAAUCAUUUAUCCAUUUUUACUUUUGUAAUGUACUACACAUUUUUUUAUUUUCACUAUCAGUUUGUGAUUUCCCUCUUUUCUGUCAGUGUUUGUGAAGUCAUUAAAUCUUUCUUUUUUAUAGAACACAAGAAGAAGGUACAGAAAGGCCGUGUUUUCCCACGCGAAGCGAUCGCGCAGCAUUUAUUGAUGAUAAUACUAUAAGAGAACGAUGUCAAAUUUUAAUGGAAUAUUUGAAUAAAGUUUUACUACAUCCAAAAUUUCGUAAUCAUCCUGACAUGCUUGAAUUUUUUGAAGUGAGUUGUGUCUCAUUUGUUCGUGGAUUGAGUAUUAGUUUAAAAGAAAGUUAUUUAUCGAAACGAUCACAUGAUGAUUAUCGUGGUCAUAAUAUAUUUUUUCGUUUACCAUUUUUUUGUGAUAAAUGUAAAUUUCAUCAUGGACAAAAUUGGUUUAUUAUUAAAGAUACGUUUAUAACAUAUAUGAGACCAGAUACAUAUGAAAUACGUUUUCCAAUGUUAGUUGAUCGUGCAUUCGACAUUCAAUCGGGAUUUCGUCAUGCUGGUACAGCUAAGGGAAUAAAAAUAACAAAUUUACAACGAACACUAGUUGUCAAAUGUAAAAAUUCACGUGAUCGUGAUGAAUGGAUAGAACAAUUAGAAAAAUUAAAAGAAAAUGCAGCGAAUUUCCUUAAUCCAACAACUAAUCAAUUUAGUUCAUUUGCACCGUUUAGAGAAAAACAAUUAGCACAUUGGUUUAUCAAUGGCAAAAGUUAUAUGGAGUCCAUAGCAAAAGCAAUAUUGUGUGCUAAAGAAGAAAUAUUUAUUACAGAUUGGUGGUUAUCUCCAGAACUAAUGUUAAUACGACCGACAGACGAUGAGACGUUUCGAUUAGAUAAUUUACUUGGAAAAAAAGCUGACGAAGGUGUAAGAGUUUAUGUUUUAAUAUUUAAAGAAUUUUCAUAUACAAUGGGUUUGAAUAGUUUACAUACAAAACGAGCGCUUAUUUCCAAAAAUAAAAAGAAUAUAAAAGUUAUUAGACAUCCUAAUCAUUAUCCAGCUGGCGGUGUAUUUUUGUGGUCACAUCAUGAAAAAAUGGUUAUUAUCGAUCAAAAAAUUGCAUUCAUUGGAGGUAUCGAUCUCUGUUUUGGGCGUUGGGACGAUGAGUUCAUGAGAUUAGUUGAUUUGGGUCCAGAUAAUGAAACAGAAUUAAAAAUGCCAGAUCAACUUGAAGCGGAAAAGCAAGCAUCAGGCAAAGAAACUGUUGAAGCAUCAAGAAUGAUUACAACAAAAAUGGCGGAAAAGGCAGGAGAAAAACAAGAAACGGGCACAGAUGAGAUGCGUAGUGAUACUGCAAAAAAUAUAAAUGAACCAAUAGCUCAUGGUGUAGCUAUAUCUGGUGGAGGAGUGAAGAUGACAGCUAAAAAAUGGAUCGAAUCUAAACUUUCGGAUCAUUCAAAAGUUCAUCCAAAUUCAAGUUUCAAUGAUUCUUUCAAUGAUGGUAUACUUGGUCAUGAUUCAGAAGAUAAUUUUAUCAAGCGAACAACAGUUCAAGCGCGUUCAAAAGGAAAUUUUUAA